AUGGCAAAGAUCGCGUCCCUGUCAGAUGCAAGACUGGUUUCUCUCGAAUCCAGACUUCAGUCUGAUUGGGCAAGUGCUUCAGAGAACGAGAAGGCGAGAUGGGAAAAGUAUGUUGACGAGGCUUGUAGGGCAGUGUGUCGAGUGAUUGCCCCAAAAGCUUCUUAUGAGCUCUUGGCGACAUACCGAAAGUCAUCAGUACCAGGAAAGGCAGAAAACCUUCCUCGUACCCAGGCCGAAAACGCACUAGUCGCUGCUUACCAAAACGCACCAACGAAGAGCCUUAAGACACAGAUCCUCAGUAUAUAUGCGCCAAGGUAUACAGCGAAAGAGCUGAAAUCAAUGCACGGUGAAUUCGAGCAGCUAAGUGAUCGGCAGAUAAAAAAGGCAAAGGCACAUGCUAAAACCGUUGGCGCUGGACUGACCUUACCGAAAAUCGUACACCACAGGACGCGAAUAGAUCUAUCCAAGCUUAAUCAUUUUUUGACAUUUGCUGAUCAACCAUACUUCUAUCAAGACGUGUCGUAUGGCACUAGAAUGUUGAAGCUGCAGUCGGGAGAGCGCGCGCAGAUCAUGAUGCCCAACGUUGUGCGCACCGUUACCAGAUCCACUAUGAUAGAACAGUAUUAG